GAGAAAAUACAACUUCAUAGACAUCUCUUUUUCCUUUAUUCUUAAGAACUCUUUUUAAUCUUUCACAGAAUCCAAUCUGAAUUUUUUAAAAUCUUGUUUUAACUAAUUCAUCUUUCAGGUAACAACUCAAUUAUGGCUCCUGAACUUGUUGCAAAAUCAACUGGUUAUAUUCAGUCAACUUCUUUCUCCGGAAGGGCCUUUGUGACAUUCUUGGCUGGAAACGGUGACUACGUUAAGGGUGUUGUUGGGUUAGCCAAAGGGUUAAGAAAGGUGAAAACUGCCUAUCCUCUGAUCGUGGCGGUGCUGCCGGACGUCCCUGUGGAGCACCGCCGCGUACUGGAGGAUCAAGGCUGCAUAGUUAGGGAGAUUGAGCCCGUGUACCCACCUGAGAACCACACCCAGUUUGCCAUGGCGUAUUAUGUCAUCAACUACUCCAAGCUUCGUAUUUGGGAGUUUAUGGAGUACAGUAAAAUGAUAUACUUGGAUGGAGAUAUACAAGUGUAUGAUAAUAUUGACCACCUUUUUGACUUGCCUGAUAGCCAUCUCUAUGCUGUAAUGGAUUGUUUCUGUGAGAAAACAUGGAGUCACACACCUCAAUACAAGAUUGGGUACUGCCAACAGUGCCCGGAAAAAGUCAAGUGGCCGGCGGAGAUGGGUCCUCCACCUUCCCUCUACUUCAACGCCGGUAUGUUUGUGUUUGAACCAAGCCUUGCAACCUAUGAAGAUCUCUUGAAGAGAGUCAAAAUCACGCCUCCCACUCCUUUUGCUGAACAGGAUUUCUUGAACUUGUAUUUUAGGGAUAUAUACAAGCCGAUUCCUAAUGUGUACAACCUUGUUCUUGCAAUGUUAUGGCGUCAUCCGGAGAAUGUUGAGCUUGACAAAGUGAAGGUUGUGCACUACUGUGCAGCGGGUUCAAAGCCAUGGAGAUAUACAGGAAAAGAAGAGAACAUGCAAAGAGAAGACAUAAAGAUGCUGGUAACGAAGUGGUGGGAUAUUUACAAGGACGAGUCACUGGACUACAAGAAACCGGAGCCGGUGGUGUCCGAUGGAAUACGUGUGGAGGCGGUGGCUUUGCAGCCACUGGUUGCAGCAGCAAUGACGGAGGCCAAGGCAUCGGCCGUGCACUACGUGGCAGCCCCAUCUGCUGCUUAAUAUAAUAUAGUAGGAGUUUCCUCAACUCUUUCAAGUAGAGAAGAGGACGAUGGGAUAGGCUUAGUUGUUGAUAUUAUGGGUUCCAUUCUAGUUCGAAUUAAUGAUGUGUUAAGUGUGUGUACUGCGUGUUUUCUGAUUUCACAGCAUUGGAUUGGAACACAUUGUGCAUUUUCUUUUUAUGGUUUCGUUAUCAUUUUGUUGAUCUUGUUCUCCUUUCCCCUGAUUGAGGACUAAUUAAUACGUGCUUUGCGCGGGUAAAGGAUUUUAAUCCUUCCUGUUCUUGUGAUA